AUGUUUCGUUUGUACGUGUUGCCUCUGCUAUUCCUUCUUGAAACCUGCCUCGGGGACACCCCGGCCAAUUGCACCUACGAGGACGCACGUGGACGUUGGACGAUAACUCUUAAGCAGUGUUUUGAUCGCUGCAGUGGCACAUGUAAGUGGUGCAUAUUUUGGCUUACUCGGGUUAAGUUAAAAAGGAUGGACAAGUCGAAUUGACCUUUUUAUAUCCGAACUUGGUGAACGAUGACUUCGGAAACAGAGGCACGUGGACCCUCAUAUACAAUCAGGUAGCUAUUUAAAGCCCACCCCUCAUCCUUUAUAGGGUUUUGAGGCCAACAUUGCAAAUCGAAAAUGGCUUUUUAUGUUUGCCUAUGAUAAAGUAACUGGCCAGUCCAUCUGCGACAAAACUCUGCCAGGAUAUAGCCACAACGUCGUGGGCAAGCAGCUGUGGCAGUUUGAGGCUGUAAAGAAGACGAAAUCAGAGUACGUCCCAACCCGAUGUACCUUUCUUGACAAACUGUCAAACAUAAUACGUUCUCUUCACUCUAUCCUUGACGUAAGAACAUUUUGUGAUGCCGGACAACAGCUUUCAGCGAACGCAAUUUCUUCGUGCCCUCCUAGUCUCAAGCCCAAGACCCCUUUUUUACUGUAAACACAAAUUCUGAAUUUAUUCCAACCCAAUUACGAGGACAGUCUAUCCUGUAGUCUCGGAGAAGGAGACACUUGUUUCAGCGAUCGUGUCUCCUUCUCCGUGUCUACUUCCUAUAACUCGCCUUUUCGCUUCUGUUAGCAUUCUGUAGUCAGAUAAAAAAAAAACCCUGCUAUUGUUUGCAUGCUUUUCUCCUCACUCGACCUACACCGUCUGAUCACCUAUCAUUUUAAAAGAAAAGACCAACUCACGUCAGCCUCUUGCUUUACUUUUCUAUAUCAUACUCUCUUUACAAGCAACUUUCGAGGAUUCUCCUACGCCCCUCAGUCUCUGGGAAAACCUCUUCAAACUCACUCCUCGCUCCAGUCACUAACCAAUGCGAUCAACCGAGGGAAAUACUCGUGGACGGCAACCGUUUAUCCUGAUCAGUUAAAGCUCAGUCACGAGGAUCUGAUACGGCGUAUGGGAGGCAGGAAUUCACGACUUCCACGGUAUGUAAAUGUCAGGCUUCGGAGUGCAUACCCACGCUUCCAAUGAAUGUGCACUCUUAUCUAGCGCAUAUGUUUUCCUAGUUAAUGGUUAACCAGUGCCCUUACUACGCCUGCAUAGAAAUGUAACCCCUGACUCCGCGGCUCCUGAUGUCCGCCAUAAUGUUGGCAGCCUGCACAGUAAUUUAUGAAUUCGUACGGCCAUUUCCUGUUCACAAUGAGAGCGCCCAUGUACUGCUCCACAUAAACCAACCGCUGUUGGGAAUCAGUUAUUUUUACGGAAUUUGUAAAACGAAUUUCACGCGAAGCUUGACUUCUGCAGCCUCACAACACUUUUCCAUACGUUUUAACUCCAAACGGGCAUAGUGACAGUCGUUCGGAUAAAAUUGCCGCACUUGACGUUGAUUUGUCUGGGUUGUUUGAAGUUACAAUUUUUAAGUCCACACUUACUAAAACUGUUUCAGCAACUUAGUAACUUCUCGAACGUCUUUACGCGGCAGUACAUAACGCAUGAGACACUGGCUACAUCCAUAUUGUUUGCACACGCCACCAUGGUGGAGGGGAGGGAGUGCGCUACCCUGAGUCGGAAACCAAAGUCAGUGCGCAUGCCGCCUGCCUGAUCGAUUGCAACCUCUUGGCUGGUGACGCAGUAAUGAUGCAUUUCAUUACAGCUGUCAUUAUCUGCGUACUGGUUCCUUUUAUCUCCAUUAGUGACCUUAAGGUAAUAGUAUGUUCGGUUAUCUUGACGCAUUAGGGUUCCCCGCUCACCAGACGCCAUUUCGUCCCUUUUGGUGCCUGUUUGCCAGUGUGAUGCAUCUUUUCGCUUUUGUGCCGUAUUGUGCCUGUGUUUAUGACUGACAUUCUCUGGUCUAUAGUUAAGUUAAAUGGUAGCGAGCUUGAAGGCUGACCACUGUCUGCAGCUAAAACCUGUUUUAAGAUAUCUCACAGCCAGUUCUUCAAGUAAUUUGCAGUCGACCCUCUCAUCAGCACACAAUCGACCCUAUCAGACAGGUCCUGAUUGUCACUUGCCCCUCUAGCCCUGCAUUAGUAAGGCCCUGAUGAAAGGGGCUCGCCACACUGCUGUCAUAAUCAAGGCCUACUAUCGCUCCACUACUGCGAGAGUCCUGGUCCGUAACAAUCUUUCCCAACCGUUCGGUAUUCGGUCUGGCGUCCAACAGGGUUGUAUCCUGUCACCCAUACUGUUCAACUACGCUAUUGACUGGAUCCUCGGGAGGGCCCUACGCGACAGUGACGGCGUUGAAUUUGCACCCGGACAUCGACUGACUGAUGUCGACUAUGCCGAUGAUAUCGCCUUACUUGCUUCAAGUUUUGGUGAUCUGCAGUCUACGGUGUCACGGGUGAACGAGGUCGCUAAAUCAGUCGGUUUGUCCAUAAACGCUGGGAAGACCAAAGUAUUCUCAAGCUGCAUCCCUGACCAGGAGAAGGCACCCCUAGGGAUUGAUGGCUGUCAACUUGAAGAAGUGGAAAGUUUUAAAUACCUCGGGGCGAGGCUGCUGCCUAAUGGACAGAGUAAGGACGACAUUGUCUCCCGAAUCGAUGCUGCCCGCUGGGUUUUUUCAAGCCUUCGGAAAUGCCUGUGGAACCGACGUGACCUCUCCAUCGUCACUAAGAUUCGCGUGUACCGUGCAUCUGUCCGGUCUGUCCUUCUCUACGGUUGUGAAUGCUGGGCUUUGCACGUGGAGGAUGAGCGAAAACUGGAGGUAUUUGACCACCACUGCUUGAGGACCAUCGUUCGAGUGAAGUUCACCGACUUCGUCUCAAAUGAGACAGUCCGCGCUCGCUGCGAUAACAUCGCAAGGGUAACUCAGGCCAUCCAGGAAAGACGACUGAGGUGGUUCGGGCAUGUUCUUCGUCGUCCACCUCAGGAGCUCAGUGUUAUUGCCCUCGAUCCGGCACCGUUGCCCCAUUGGAGGCGUCGAAGAGGGGUCAGUUCAAAACCUGGCUCGACACUGUCCGUCAAGACAUGGAGGUGGUUCUUGGACCUUCGGUAUUCGGUCUCCGUCGUUGGCGAAGGGAAUGGGUUGAGCUGUCUAGAUCUGCUGCCCAGAUCGUCACGCGUGGAGAGGUACAGUUCGGGACAUCAUCGAGGCUGGCUAGAUCAGGCAUGAUCGCAGCCGUAUAAAGUACAAGUAAGUAGUAGCUACACUGCUGUCGUCUGAAAUUCAGCUGAUCGCGGCCACCGCAGCAGAAUUGACGCAACUGAUCCUUCAGCUUACUACUCCAGGUUGCGCCCGUAAGAAUUCACAAGCCUGUUCCUUUAAUGUUUCUUUAAAGGUCAUAGGACAGGUCGAGGACGUUGUUUACUAAACCCCCCCCCCCAUUAUAGCCUUAUCACUAAAAACGACAAGUCUAGGUCACUGUUAACCGAGUAAGUUAGCUGCUGGUAUACAGCGUCUCGGUCUGAUGUUUUGAUUAUUCAUAGGAUUCUUCCUUUAAGUAAAAGACAGCGACAUACACGCCGCUGCAAACUUUACACCUUCAAAGAGCGUAACAAAGUAUUUUGAGAGUGUUUCUUUAACUGGAGCCUUUUGGUUGUGUCGGCAGUAGCGAAAAGGCGAGUUCCAGGAAGCUGUCUCGAAUAAGGAGAAAGGGUUACUGGAACAAGAGGUUUAUUGGCCAGACGUUUCGGAUUAUCACUCGAAUCCAUCAUCAGAGACGAAAAUCAGACAAGGGGUAAGAGGACGCACCGUUGUUGCGGUAUCUGCAGAAUCUAUUUGCUAUGCCCAUGCGUGCCUGUCAGGAUUAACAACUUCCCAAUGCAUUCUGAUACACGUUUUGCGAAAAUAGCCCGACUGAUCGGGUGUUGCAGUAUCCAUUUGCUAUGCGCCUACACGCCUGUCAAAAUUUUCAGCCACAACAGGUGGUUGCACUUACUAUGCUAAAUUUCUAAUUGCCGAAAUUUCAUCACCCAUGGGGAUGCUUGGGCAAUCUGGCUCGCCGACACUGGCAGCAUAAACAGCGGUCAUUCGCGCGCUCUCCGCAUGACUAACUCGGGGCAGAAUAUGGAGGGGGGAGGGGGCGGAGGUCACUGCACCUGAGGACCGUAAAACGAUGACUUGAUCAGUUCACAGCUCAUGCGGUAAUCACCUCUCGCAAGGAUUUCGACCUCAUCGAACGUGAGUAUACGGCCAGUUCCUGUCGACUGAGCUGCGACUUGAGAACUGGCGUCGUUCCGCCUCACUGUUGCUGCGUACUCGACCGUCCGCGAUAGAAGAAGUCAUCCUUUUUCUCCGACGGCUGCUUUGCCAACGACUGCACAAGACACAGUGAACGACGCCAGACGUUUAUUUCCGUGACAGUGGGUCCUUUGGCCUGGUGCCUUAUGGUUGCCUCCGGUCUGUGUGCAACCAUAGCUUUAAGGCGGCUGAUGCUUCCGAGACGUUUGCUACGUACGGGAUAGUUCGUUGGUUGGAUUUGGUCUUCUUUCUCACUUGUGAAUGCACUGGCCGACGACAGUGUGCGUGUAGCUAUUUGCUCUAAGCACUCAUCGAAGAUUUUGUAAUUCAGCAACCGUGUCUUCCGGUUGACUGUAGUGCACCUCCACAUUCUGGUAUAGCACCCCUGUGCAACUGCGUUUGUGUCUGACUGGGUGGUUGUUGUUACAGCUCAGUACUUUCGUCAUAUUUGCCGCUCCCCUGAACGCUUCAGUUUUUAGACGACCACAAUUUUUGUGGCAAACGAGACACGUCAAGGAAUGCUAGCAGGUCAUUUUCUUCCUCCUCUAUCGUGAAUUGAUGCGUGGGAAGACGGCGUUGAGAAGCUCUUUGGAAGUCAGUAUCUGAUUUUUUUGAUGACGACGAAGGUGUCAUCCACAUUUCGAGCCCAGGAUGUCGGCUUGUGGUGUCGGAUGACCGGCGACUCCAACCGUUGCAGGACUGCAUUGGUUACGAGCCCCGAAAUCGGCGGGCCCAUUGGCGAGCCUUUAGCCUAUUAGUGGAUCUUUCCCUCGGACGUGCAGUACGUCUCCAGACAGAACUUUAGAUAUUGGAGGACUUGGGCAUUUCCAAUACGAUUCUUCUCUUCGUCGUAUUUGCUUUGCAGUAGUAGCUCGAUAGUAGCUAUCUCCAGAUUCUGAGGAAUAGAAGUCAAGGAGGGCACAGCAUCAAAAAUUACCAUGACCUCUUUUGCCAGAAGGCUUACCCUUUUAAGUUUCUCCAGGAAUUGUGUUGAUUAGCUGACCGUAGUGUUUAAAUUAACGGUCAGAAAUUGAGACGUCGAGAGCCCACUUUGCCAGUCCGUAAGUUGGAGUGUCUUUGAGUGAUAUGAUCGAUGCGUGAUGCCGAGACUGGUAACGCCCGUUGGUCGGACAAUGUCCUCGCUCGUACACGCUUGAAAGUGCACCUGUCAUCCACGCGAAAAAUGUCGCGUCCUAGACGCCUCGAUGUCGCAAAAAUCUGGCAAACCAGAACCACCGAGGCAGAGAACUACGGUCCUGUUUUACGAACCGAGCCGACGGAGAAGGCGGCAACCAGUGGUCGUCACUGAAAACGUCAGUCUAUGGGGCAGCCGAGAAAAUCCGUGGAUAUACCCAGCGACGCCGCAGUGACUGGAUCAGCGGAAGAACCCUGUAGUUGUCCACUCAGACGGCUCUAGCCAGGUCGCGUACUGAUGAUUCCUUCCUCCAACUUCGAAAGAUGACGACAAAUUCGGCCAGGAAUGCCCAGAAGCAAUAUUGGACUGAAAUAACGAUCUCCAUGGAACAGGCCUCGAGCGUUGGUGCCACUGGACAACUCUACCGCCUGAUCCGCCAAGUUAGUGGUAAGCCCUCUACACAGCGAUUCAGUUGGCGACGUGAAUGGCGGCUUUAUUGCUGACAACUCUGCCGAAGUCGGACGCUGGCGUGAGCACUUCGAGUACCAUCUCAUCUUCGAUACCCAACCACCACCCCUUAUUCUCCUCUGCAGCAGAGUUUCUUUCCUCUCCAACCCAUGUAGUGCCAUGCGACCCCCUUCUGAAGGAGAAGUCGCCGAUGCCAUACGAAAGCUACACAGCAACAAGGCACUCGGAGAGAACGGUAUACCCGCUGAAAUAUACAAGUCUUGUGUCGACACUCUGGCGCCCUGGCUCCAUGGGGUGAUUAAACAAGCGUAGAGAAACGGGGUUGCUCCUGAUAACUGGGGCUUAGUCAUCCUUGUACCUAUCCUCAAGAAGGGAGGUAAGACAAGAUGCGAGAGCUACCGCGGCAUAAGCCUCAUCGACGUUGCUGCGAAGAUCUUCGUGCACUUUGAGAGGGCUAUAGAAUCGGACCGAGGCCGUUUCUUGCGCUCUCGCCAUGCGUUUGUCUGUUGGCGAUAUUGCACAUGAGUUCAGCAGUUUCAACAACGUUGCACUGAUUUCGCGUGUCAAUUUUUUUACGUGACUGGUUACUCAUCAAACAUAGAAAUGGUGGUCCUCUAAUAAGUCUUUGGCCUUUUGGGGGUAGCCUGUCCUGUCCAAUACAUCCCUAGACCGUCUCUUGUCUGCAGGCACGAUAACGAGGUCGUUGCCCACCCUCGGUUUCCUUAUUGCAUCACGUCUGAGCACUUCGGGCGGCCUGUGAGCCGUGUGGAUAGACGACACAUGACAUCGCUUCCUUCUGACCGAGGAUCGAUUCCACCGCUCUACUCAUGUUGACAGGUUUGGCAUCAACUGUGCUGAAUGAGGCUUCAUAUCGUAGCACCUUCAUUUGAUCCUUCCAUAGCUCCUUUGAUGACAGGUUGUGCCGCAGUUUGUAUUUUUUGGGUGACGUUGCACCAGGCAGCCUUCUGAAUUAGUUCUCCAGUGCUGCGUCGUGGAUGACUCAACUGGUGCUACAAUCCCUCCCAGGACGAACGUUUUUUGGCCAUGCCAAUUUGCUAUUCACACUAGUUUGCAAAUCCAAAACAUAAUAUCUACUUUCGCUUAUAAUCAGCUGAAUGCUUGAGAUAGGUUUGGAUUAUUGAUGACUGGCCUCAAUUUCUAUUGCAACUAUCUAUGAAAAUAGAAAUCACGCGCAGCUCUUCAGUUUAGGGUCAUGACUCUAGUACAAAACACUUUACGAGAUCAAUAUAAGUCAUCUCUUGCGCAGAAUCCUGGUCUUUCUUUCAGACGGGAGGCAUAUUCACUGACGCCCACCUCUACCGCAUAUGACGGUGGGCAGUCUAAUUACACCGAAGAGUUCGACAAAUCUCAUUCAAUACUGUCUAGGCGGAUAGUUAACUGUGUACAUAAUUUUCGCUCUGUUCUUACCUACCCAACCGUCCUUUCCACUCGGCACCCCCCUGAGCAAAGAGAUAAAGGCGCACAGUGUGCCGAAAAGAUGCGCAGUCGACAUAGUCUAAUAAUUGCAGUGUACAAUGACUUACGUGUUUAAUGCUGGCAAUAAAUGUUUUGUGGCAGAUGCGGUAGAGGGCUCCUGCGUCGCCUCCGGACGCUGGCUGUAAAAUGUGGUUCAAAAAUUAAUUGGUACCCAGUGCCAACUCCAGAGGACCGGGUCACGUUCUCCAUUCGUAUAAUCGUGCAGUGUAUUUCAUUAAGCCUACUUCACGGACGUAAUUCUGUCGCGGUAGCCGGCGUCUAGAAUCAGAACCUGUGUGAUUUCUUUGCGGCCACUUCCACCUUCACUUACCCAGACAUUUUUGCACUCUGCGAUACCAACACGUGGCGUUCACUGAGUUCUAGGUUGCUAAUUCUGGACGUUAGUAAAAGCCAAAAAGACCGAGUCUUGCAUAUUUUUGAAAAAAACCUACUCCUACGGAUUCUAUCGUCGAUUUGCGCCAAGCGCACGGUCCCAUUAACUCGCCCAUUAAUUAUGGUGGUAAAAACGAAGUAGCAGUCUUUUCUUCGGAUACCUUUUGGUUUGAGGCGUUCUUGCCGAGAGGCCUAGCAUUUCGCUGAGUCGAGUACCCAAAUCACUCCAAAUGUAUUCCUAUCCGUGAACGACGCCUCCCUUCGGGCUUUGGACUUGAUCACACGGGUGCACUGUGAACAGUGCAGAUUGUAGAGCGCUAAGUAGACAUGUCACGGGUCUUUCUCAUAAUUUAGACUGUACACCGAGUUUUCUCUGUAGAACAUUAUUUGCCGCAACCGAGUAGUAACUUGCUCUGAUUUGGGAUAAAUGUGCCUCCUGCAGUUUCGGCUCUUCUAGGCAUGAUCAUUUUUGUGCAGUUAGCAAUAAAGAAAUAAUUAAUUUGAGCCAAUUCUGAAAAACUCGACGGCCUUGGUGGGAUCCGGACCCACGACAGCAAGGGCAAGGCCUGAGUACAGUCAGCACUCUAACCACCUGAGCUACAAGUUUUAAAUUACGGGUGAUCACCUCCGGACAAACCACGAAUAAAAACUCUUGUGAUGAAGGUGGAAAAAAGCGUUUGCCGCUGUGCUCGGUGACGCUUCGUAAACCUGACCGGGGUAAGGUAUGGCUGGCCAACUGUAACAAAACUGAAAAAUCUUCGAGGCCCCUGUGUUCUUCCGAACACGCUCUUCCAUACAGGUUUAUUUCUAACAAACGGUCACUGCUCCGAAUGUGAAUAAUCUUAAUUGCACCAUGUCCUUUGAAGUGCCAGCGUGAAGCUGCUGAUGGAGUUUAUGAGUGAUUCUUGCCCUAAAUAUGUAGAUUAACGGGUUAGAUUUCACGUACUGUUUUGCUCUCACGAGGCAAACAUACUGUCGUUUCAUACAGAACUGAAUACCCCUAUGCUGGUUUGAAGAGCCGCACACUUUGUCGCGUCAGUGUGCCUUCGCUUCAGCACUGGUAUGUCGUAAUUACCAUGGUAAACUUCUGCAUGACACCAGUCUGUGCCUGGGAAACAUUGUUUCUCCCAGUAAAAAAAGAUGGAGACUUGUUCCCCAGCGUUUGUCAUUCACUUUGGCUACCAGCGACCUAACCGAUAACAUCUUGUCUGCAUGGGACGCUCGUCGUAAACAAAUCAUGUGAUUUCGGCCACAUCCUCAUUGAGUAUUCCUCCCAAGUUGAACCUUCCAGCCCAACACGGACCAUUAACACUCACUCAGUGUGGUUCGGUGUUAAUCCUUCUAUCUUCACUCGUCCAUCGUUGCCAGUCGACCCCGCGCAGCACCGAGCUCCUCAUACCUGCGGCGCCUGGUUGCCGACCUUCCCCUGGAAUUUGACUGGCGUUCUCCUCCUGACGGGUCGCGGAGCCCGGUCACGCCAGUACGGGAUCAGGGCAACUGCGGCAGCUGCUAUGCAUUCGCCUCGGCCGCGGCCCUGGAAGCGAGGAUCAGUCUGAUGACAAAGGGUACCUAUCAGCCCAUCCUCUCCCCCCAGGACGUCCUCGAUUGCAGCCAUUACUCUGAAGGUAAGUGCUCAGCUUUAAAAGUGUCUCUCACCAUGUUUUACUGGGUUAGAAAGCGCUGUAUUGAACAACUGCGUUUAUCCAACCGGCAACACUGCGCAUGUGGAACAUGUGACCCUUCGCGAGCUGAAGCUGUUUACUAGCCACUCUUUUGAACCAACUAUUUUACAGAAGGUUUACUUGGGUAAACUACCAUGAAGAACGUGGGAGUUUUCCGCCACCUCUUUUACAAACAAACCUUGCCAUAGACGCACAAGUCUUUAAGAAGUCCACUGUUAGGGCUAUAUCGAUCGAGGGAAAUCCGAGCAGAAAAAAAAACGCUUGAUGGACAGAAACAAGGCAAGCAUCUGGUACAGUUUCGGAUUUUCCCCUCACCAGCAUUAAAUGGGGCUUGUUACGGGCUUCCACACAAUGUUACCCGAACGCAGUCGUAUGCAGUACUACAUCGUCAACAUUUCUAUAUUCACGCGUCUACUUGACCAUCACUUCCAUCUGGCCGUUUAACUUGUAACCGGUAACCUAUAGCAGCGUGUGACUAGGGGCGACUGCUUGAACCUCUGUAUUCCAUCCCUGGUUCUGACGAUUUAUACCCUGUCUCUCCGAAUUGUCACUUAUGCAACUGGAAUAAACUUACUUCUUGGUGCCGAUUGAUAGCUUGUUAGAGAAAGUAGUUGAUACUACCACUCAGUUAGGAUUCGGCCCCCGUGUUUCUGUGAUACCCUAGUGCUUUGUGCGUGGAGUAAAUGAGUGUGGCACGCGGAGACGGGCUGUUUACCUCUGUCAGCCACUGCGCUUAAUCCUGCCCCAGGUCUUCUUGACUUCGUCAUGACACCAGAUCUGGGCGGGAUAGGAAGUAGAGUUUUGUAUAUGCUGCGCAAGCCUUUUACCACAAACUAAUUAGCGCGCAAGUCACUGUCCCUGUGCCCGCCAUGCUGCGGUGCUCACGGUGUACAUUGCUGUUUUGUGACGGUCGAACUAUCAGAUGAGGGAAAACCUGGCUCUACAGGAUCGUUUCCUUGCACCCCCCCCCCACCACCACCACCACCACCACCGUCAUCAUUAUCAUCGUCGUUGUCAGCACCGCUCUCGGGAAAUCAUCGGCGAACAUCGGACCCUCCUCCCGAUUCUCAGAUAUAUACUUCCAAGCUCUGAUUCUUUCUUUCAGUCUUAUCCCUUCGAAAAAAUGCUUAUUGUUUCUUUUCCAUAUAAGGCUGUGAAGGCGGAUUUCCUUACCUCAUUGCGGGCAAGUACGCUGCAAACUUUGGUUUCACUACUGAGGAAGAGGUGCCCUACCGUCAAAUGCAAGAAAAAUGCCACACGCCCACUAACGCCUCACGCCACUUCUCCUCCGAAUACCAUUACGUGGGUGGUUACUAUGGCGCCUGUAAUGCGGAGUUAAUGCAGUUGGAGCUAGUGCAGAACGGUCCUUUCCCCGUAGGAUUCGAAGUUUACUCAGACUUUAUGGCCUACGAAUCCGGUAUCUAUCAUCACACUGGCCACCAGGUAGGUCAUUUUUCCCCCGUAUACCUCUUUCGGAAGUUGCGUUACUUUUUGAAUCAUUAUUCUCAUUUUGCUCUUUCCAUACCCGAGAACUGUCAGUAGCUCUCCAGCGUUUACUUUGGGCUGCCAGGGGGAACUAGCGUUUUCGCUCAUCACCCGGGCCGAUGGCCAGAUUUUCCGUCCGCUGGAAUUCCUACUUCCACAUGUUGUCAGGCGGUCUUCUUUACACAGGUUCAUCAGGUGAAAAACACGCCCGAGGAAGCCAAAUAUUGCCUUUUAUUUCCAAAGUUAGACAGACUUAGGGGUUUAAGGCAUUGUUUUGUGACCUUGCCGUGUUCAAGUUUACGUCUGACUGUGCAGCCAGUAUCUUGAAGACAAACCAUCGUGGUUGCAAGCGCCUACGAAUAUUAAGAGGCUAUUUUAAAACUAUCCUUACCCUUUUUUCCCAGUACGGCUUAGUCUAAACGAAGUCGUUGGAUUUUGUCAUCUUGUGACAAAACACAGCAAUUGUUUCCUGACUCCUCUGAUCAAAUUAUCAGCCGCUGUCUUGGCUUUUUUUCAGCGAAAUGGCCGCGUAUCUGUGUACACCACUAUCGCAAGUUGCAUGGGGGAAGUUUGCAACCAGCCGAAAUUCGUGUUUCGAAACAGGAUAAAGGUGUAGGCUAAGACCCAUUGCAGUCGUGCAGUCGUUUCACACAAUCCGCUGGUUGUUCUUUUGAAACACUAUGCGAACGAAAAUCCCCACUUUUCACAUGAUUGCAGAGCGCGUGACUUGCCCCGAUCUUAGAUUGAUUUUGUUUGCGCAGUAAAUUGAAAGUACUUCUAAACAUGUCUUAUAGUAAAGUCAGGUCAACUGAUGUCUUCGCGGUUGCGUGACGACCUAAAUGUAGUCUAGUUUGGAAAUUUCAGUAAGCAAUAGUUCGUAUGGAAGUUGGCCUUUUUUCUUGGUCGACCGUCGGCUUGCUACGCCUUUUUUUCAGUAGGAGGUUGGAAAGUGGAGAACAGCGUCGACGUAAGAACCGUUUCAUGCCAUAAGAACAUUUUUGAUGUCCAACCUCGGCAGUUAUAGAACUCUCAAAACCAGCGGGCCUUUGCAGCGGGAGUGUACCUACUUACCAACUUCCCAGAUUCAUUCUGGGCACUCGACUUUUUGCUCGAAGUCUCUUGCGUUCAUUUUGCAAGUCAGGAAGAGUAGAAUAUCAAAUAAUUUUCAUAACAGGCAGGCUUGACUGCGGUAAUAUUGCGCGAAUUCUAGGAUCGCCGAUUUGCUCAUGUCUCCCAGCAAACGUUUUUUCUCUGCAAGUUCUUGCACUCAAGAAGACUGCAAGUCGGGUAAUUCAACUUCAGAUCUAGCCUGGCGUACAUGUGAAGCAGGCAUUUCGCUGCGUUGUCACUCGCACCAAAUGCCUAUCUGCACGAGGUGCUCUCUCCACGCUGAGUGCACCCAGUGACAAGUCUUCAUCAGUUGUUCUACCAGGUUCUGCUGAAUGCACCCCGUCUCAUCGUCGCAGCUGCCUCGACGAGGAUAGCCUGUAUGUCUUCAAAACCGACGAGUUCGCUUGUGUAGUUUGGAUCGUUCAGUGGGGAGGAACAGGCCGUGUUGUGACAUGCGAGAAGAGGAACCCUGUCAGCUAAUGCGUCCAAGUCUGCCUACAGCCAGAUUGACUUUUCCUCCUACGUAAACGUGGUGGAUGGGCAGAGAAUGGGCUCGGUACGGUGUAAUCAGAUCAGAUCAGAUUUAUUAAAGGCAAGGUAGGCGAGCGCCUUUGAACUCCCUUUUGGUUACAAUAACAUUAAAAAAAAAAACAAUGUGUAAGGCAAGUGUCAGAGAAAAUUAGGCAAGUAAUUGCGUACAGCAAGCAUGUGUUACUGGUAUAAAUUUGUCUGUGAAUGCCUUCUAUGUCAAAAUUGUACAAUAACCAGUACGCGGUACGGACUGGACCAAGUAAUGUCGAAGCAAACGUAUAUGCUUCGCUCAGGAGAUAACGAAGUCAUAAAAUAAUGCUACUCAAAUAUAGGGAGUGGCAUGCUUUGUAACGUAAAACCGAGGGGGCGGGUGGUACGGGGGGGGGGAAAUUUGUUAGUUUCUGGUCAAGCUUCCUCUUAAGUGUGUCGACGGAUGAGGACAUGACGACAUCCCCAGGCAGGGCAUUCCAUGCCUUUACCACUCCGUGGUUGAAGAAGGACCUCCUUGCGUCCAGUCUCGUCCCUGUCACACGUAUUUUCAGAGGAUGUCCUCUCAAGCUAGUAGUGGUGGCCAGCUCAAAGAAGUCGCCGGAUGCGAGACAGCAAUCCUGACCCCGUAACCUUCGAAACGUUUGGAUUAAGUCGUCACGUAGUUGUCUGUAGUCCAGGGGAAAGAGGUCAAGAUUGGACAGUCUAGUUUCGGAAGGUAGGUUUUUAUGACCUCUGAGAAGCUUGGUUGCCCGUCUUUGGACUUUUUCGAGGUUGGGUAGAUCUUUGAUAGACCAGGGUCUGCAGGCCUGAAUGGAAAAUUCUAACUGUGGGCGCACAAACAUUCCGAAGACCUUGCGAAAGCACUCUUCGUUGAACUUCGCACACGCCCGCUUGAUGAGAUAUAAGCUGGACAUUGCGGAUUUCUCUGCUUUCAAGCAGUGGAAUGAUGGCUUUCGUGAAAAUUUUAUCCACACACCUAGAUCCUUCCGAAUCUCUACGACUGGCAGCAGUGUGUGAUUUAGAUAGUAAGUCUUCCGGUGCGCAGCGCUGGUUCUGCCAAUUCUCAGAAUGUUGCAUUUAGUAACAUUAAAUGGGAGGAGCCAGUGGCCUGACCAUUGUUCGAGUCGGUCUAAGUUUGCCCGUAGAUUUGCUUCAUCGUCCUCGUUGCGGAUGACAGUCCAAAGCUUUAUAUCGUCAGCAAACAUAGCAAUGUCGCAGUCCAACCCAUGGAUGCAGUCAUCAAUAUAGUUGAGGGAGAGGAUAGGGCCAAGAACGGAGCCCUGAGGUACUGCGCUCGUAACCGUCACCUCUGCCGAUUGCUGGCCAGCAAGACGGACAGUCUGAGACCGACCGAUCAAGAAGUUUUCAAUCCACUUCAAAAGCUUACCUCUUACCCCUAUGCAGCUGAGCUUGUAUAGGAGACGUUGGUUUGGCACGCUGUCGAAGGCCUUCUUGAAGUCUCUAUAGGCUACAUGCACCACGUUUCCCUCAUCAAUCGCUCGGGUCCACUGUUCAAGACAGUAGAGUAGAUUGGCCAGACAGGACCUUCCUCUGCGGAACCUAUGCUGUGCAUCAGAUAGAUUAUGUUGCUCUAAAAACCUCAUCAGUUCGCGUUUGAUAAUUCGCUCCAUAACUGCAGCAUAUGGAGGCGGAGGCCUACCGGUCGGUAGUUGUUUGCGGAAGCGCGACUGCCACUUUAGUGUAUCGGUGAAAUCCACGCAGUCUUCCACUCAGGAGGCAGUCUGCCUGCAUCAAGAGAGGUUUGGAAGAGGAGACACGGAGGUUCUGCCAAUUCUGUGGCUAAUUUCUUCAACAACUUUGCUGGUAUUUCAUCAGAACCGGGCGAUGUCACUUCUUUUAGCCUCGGUAGUUCUUGUUGAACAAUAGCUUUUGUGAGAACCACUGAGUCAAUUUUCGGGACAUCGUCCACGUUAUACUGAUUAGCGGGCAGAACGACUUCUUUAGUAAAUACGGACUGAAAGAACCUGGACAGAUGCUCAGCCUUUUCGUCGUCCUUGUAAAAUUCAAUGCCAUCAUCCCUUUUUAACAUAGGAAUGAGAUCCCUGUUGCGAGUACUUUGUCAUAUGUAGUUGAAGAAAGCUUUGAGUUUUCUCCUGCACAGUUUGAAAGGUCUCCCUCGAAGUCUUGGCGGGCUUUGUAAACAAAGCACUUAACCUAUUCCACAGAGCCUUGUACCUAUUCCUUGAUUAGACUGUCUUAUUUCUGGGAUAAGCUUUCCACAGCUUUUACUUACGGUUUACUUCAAGUUUUAUUGUAUUCUUUAGCCAUCGGGGCCUGCUGGUGAUUUUUUUCGACAUAGGGCAGUAUCUGGUGAUAAGCUCAUUCAAUACGGCCUUAAGUUCUAACCAGUCCUUGAGAACGCACCCCGUGAAUGCUGCUUUCCAGUCUCUACGACGCAUGUCGAGGCGCAUUUGGUUGAAGUCACCACGCCAUAUGCUGCGCCUGAUCACAAUGCUUUGAUCAGGUACAGAGAAGAGAGAAUACUCCCACUGUAGGACUACAUGGUCGCUUUUUCCGAAAGGGGGUAGACAGUUUACGACAUCAACGCUUUCAGGUGCCUUUGUCAAUAUAAGGUCUAAGCAGUAAGUUAGUUGCCCUUCACGUAGUCUGGUUGGAGAUGAGACGUAUUGUGUGAGAUGCGAUCUUUGCACUGCUCGUAGGAGUCGGCGAUCAAAGUUAAAUUCUGAGCCUUGGGCAGAAGUCAGAUUCCAGCCGAUAUUCGGAUUGUCAUUUGCCUCAGUUGUGGCGACAUGCGCACAGACCGUGUCCAUAUAAACUGGGACGGCCGCUCGAUUAUACAGUUUUUGUAAAUAACCAGGCCUUGUUUGCCACUCCUUUGUCGCAGCCUUAGCUCCUGGACUAAGUGUCGGCGUUUUAGCCGCUCCGGCGGUGUGUAAUCCGGCUGAAGAAAACUCCUUGGUGGGAAUAUUUUAACUUAAAACGUCUUGAGAGGAUGAGAUCAACAUGCUCUUUGCAACUCAGAACAAUUUUGAGGGGCUUAGGAUGCGGUGGAACAGCGGAUUCAGUUGUGCGCUCUCCGAGUCUGUAGGCUUUUAACACUGAAACUUGUUCGAUGGGUUGAAGCAUUAUAUUUAGAAGACCUUGGAACAAGCCGAGAUCAGUUACAACGCGUUCUUUAGGUGUGUCUGCAUGUGGCUCUUGAAGUCCCUCUAUUACUAGGCACUGUCCUCGGAGCGGCCUGCCUUUGUUGCGUGAUGUUGGUGACUUGGGAGUUCCUGGCGAAACAUUCAUGAUGAUAUUCUGUUUGCCAUCCACUUUAGGGACCUUUUAUUUUUGUUUAAGCUCUCCCCUGUGUCAGGAUAGUGAUGGUGGUCGUGUUCGGCGGACGAACUAUCGUAUGAAAACGCCCGCGCCCACGUUAGCGUUGGAUAGACGUGCCGUGGAAGAAUGGUGGACAUAGAUAAGUACACGCUACAAGGACUGACGCUCUAAUAUGGAUAAAAAACUUCACAGAUUCUCCUUGCGUUGGUUUCUGGUUUCUGCAAGGGCAUUGAAAUUAAAAGCGCUCUCGCCACCGUGGUGGCGUCAAUGUUCCAUUAUCAGUUGGGCGGGUGACGAAAGUCGGCGCUCGCAUCAGCCCAAUUCUCCUCUAGGCCGCAACAAUGCCGGUCUUAUUUAUCCGUUCACAUUGCCUUGGCGGCCUCCAAUGCCAGAGGGCAUAAUCUCUGCGCUUCAUGCAGAUGCGUGUGUGUGCACUUACUCCCGCGGCUAAACACAGAUUUUAAGGCGCCCAUCGAGGGACGGGUAGGCGGGAGUGGACAAGAAUCGUCUCAACAUGGCAGUUGCAGGGGGGAGGGGCAGUCAAACACUGGGAAAGUUGUUUCGUGUUUGUACUGUUGGUUGUGGGCUUUCAGUUCUGCUCUGCCAGCCUCCAUCUGCGAUAUCUGGCAGACACGCGAGUAAGUGAAUUUGCUCUAUUAUUUCCUUGGCAGGCAAAUCCACGCGCCCGGCGAUUGGUCGCACUCAUAGGGUGGGGCUGAUUUGCCUCUCAUUGCGUCUCAACCUCCAUUACUGUUUAGCUCAAUCUCUGCGACUAAAUUUUACCCACAACUUCAUAUUCACUGAGUUAUCUAUCAGUCUUCUGGUAAGUCGACUUUGGCUCCGCUUUACUUCGGGCGUUGUUUUUAAUCCUGGCGUCAUUCCUCGCGCGAAGUAAGCAUAAAGUACACAAGUUGUCGGGGCAGACACACGACUGACAAUUAGCCACUUGGCAACCGCAGUGUUGCACUGGCAGCAAAAAUGCCCUGAGCUUGCUAACCUGUAAACUACUCCACCUGUUGACAUUGCACGUUCCUUAGUUUAAUGAACGAGACCUGCUCCUCGACAUCACACCUAAACAACGCCAGCGGUACGCUUAUUUACCAAGCGAGUCGUGCUCACCAUUGGACCACUUUGAAAUCCACAAUUCUCGACGUCAAAAACUUGAAGGAGCAAGUGCCACUCGUUUGUGUAGGCACUCUUCGCUGUGCAUGUUGCUUUCGACAAAUUUUGAGCAGUCACCGCCUCCGCUAGACCUCUUCCUAAGACCUUUAAUACCGACUGUACUGUAGGAUGUACUUGGACAUAAAUGCGGACUCAAGCUCUGCAUGCCAUUUAAUCAUCUGUGCAAGCCUCAUAGUUUAUUGGAGUGGUAGUACGAACCCUCCGUACUGCAGGUGGCCUUGCACUAAAUUCGAGGAGGGAGGGGGUUUUGGCCACCUGUAGUAUGGGGGUUCCCUAUUACCAUGUCCAACCGGAGUUUUAAUGGCAAAACGUCCAUGUGCUGCAGCCAGUUUCUCGCCUUAUCUGUGUCGAUUAUGUUGGCGACUGUUAAAACGGAAUUUAUCAGUACUCAGUCCAUCAGCGUAGGACAUUUUAUCACUUUCGACCAGUUGCCCGAUCGGACCUGUUUUUUUCCUGUCAUCACCGUAUGCCACUCAGCAAAUCGUUUUGACACUCUGCCCCAGCCUCUUGUGGGAUGUUUAAUGUGGCCGGAUGUGACUUUGCUUGCGGCCUUCCACGCCAACGUCAGUUUAAUUUUUCUUCUACGCAAACACUUCCACAGUAGUUACCGUAUGGCUACGACAGUAAUUCUUGGACUCUCAUACCUAAUUCCUGUUCUCAAAAAGUUUCCGAGGCCUGUGCCAACUUGGCGCCCAUGAGGAACGGGUUGCCAGUCAGUUAGCUGUGUCCAAACGAUAGUCUCACCAUUAUCUCACGCUUUAUCUUACAUGUAUGCCUUGUGAUCGUCAAAGAUCGACACCAGACUGCAAGCACUCGCAGUGAAACCUUUUGCCGCCGAGCAGCAUAAGUCAGAGGGCGAAAAAAAAACAGAGUUUAUGAUGCAUACUGUGGUAAGUUGUCGUCAGCAAGCAGUGUGGGGGAGCUGGACGGAUACGCGCUUACGGAUAUGAGCGUGUCGGUGCGCCGUGGGUUAUGUGCGUUGAGUUCGUCCCCCAAUUAGACCAAGACGUGAGCCACAUUGGUACAUGACAUGAAUUAUUCAGACUACUGUAAGUCAGUGUACGCAUUGAGUUAUGACAUUACGUGCCUGUAUAACACCGCGGCAAUUCGAGCAUGGUAGUUUUUCUCCUGCAGACGAAAGAACCCUGUUUAUCAUUAUGAUGAAGCCAUUUCCGUUAUAUUUGCCUACUUCAAGACUCCGUUCUACGGUUAUAAAUGCACAACAGGGUGGCCAUAUGAGUACCAAGAUUUUAUGGUACAGGGGACGCUCGAGAGGCCAUUCCAGUAUUCCUUGUCUUUGUAGGUAAUAACAUUCAGACGUCUACGUCGUUUGUUUGCAGUCGACUCUGUCGCUAUCGGCAACACUGAGAUUCGACCGGAUGAUUGUGAGGGCACAGUGCUACCGACAGCUAUUAAAUUAAUCAAUGAACUGGAAGUCCGCCUGAGCUGUGCAUUAUUGGCGCGCUGAGGGUCAAACAUUUCGCGUCACAUUGCACUUUCGACAAGAGUGCCCCUCACUUACACCCUUUUAUGUACUUUGAGAAGCGAACGCUACAUUCUGCAGGAAUAAAUUGACGAGCGUCCUCUCGAGCCCAACCAGCGGCCGCACAGCGGCGCAUGAUAUAGGCAGGAUGUUAUUAUCGACACAGACAAGGGAGACUUGAAUGGUCAUUUCUGGCUUAUUAGUCGUCGUCAGCCAGUCAUACCCAAGCCCGAAGUGUGGAACAGCCGGGGCUCGAACUCGUGACCUGCUAGUUAGAAGUCCACACUUCUAACCACUGGGUGACGGGCCCGUUGUUCAGUGGUUAGAGGCGUGGACUUCUAACUACCAAGUCACGAGUUCGAGCCUUGGGUGUUCCACACUUCGGGGUCAGGUAUGACUGGCUGACGACGGCUAAUAAGCCUGAAAUGGACAUUCCAGUCUCCCUUGUCUUUGUCGAUAAUAGCAUUCUACUAAGAUAUUGCUAAACCUGCCAAUCUUUUGUCCUCUCCGUUUCUAAAUCACAGGUAAGUGGAGAUCAGAUCUUGCCAAAAAAUGUCUUUCCUUGUGCUUAAAAGUUGACAUAACCGCUUGGUGGAGGGCCUGUUCGCCGUAAGUCAUUGAGUAUUCGCAAAGGACCUUAAAAUAUCGGAAUGUUUAAACAAAUGAUUGUCCGUAGGCGUUAUUACUGCGUUUCAGAGCACAAGAUCACGCAGAUUUGCAAACCUGAAUUCAGAAUCGAUAAAACGUCUGAUUUUCCUAACAUAACCUUGCUUAUACCCUACUAUAUCUGAUUUAUGUGGCGAUAAACGACCACUUUCCAAUUGCGAUGACUCGUGUUUGAUAAAACCCCUAGUCUAGAUUAUUCUAGUAGAAAAGCACAGAGAUGCAAAAAACAGCUAUUAACACAGGAAACUACCCGAAUACAAGGCGACGUAGGUUUCCUCCCAAAUUUGCAAACAUUUUGACUGAUAAAAUUACUUAUAAAAAUAUUCUCCAUGCAAAAAGGCAGUUCAGGGAACAGGGUAGACGAAUAAAUAUAAUUUACAACAUCCUAGGUGCCCGGACUUGAUCGUUCCAAUUUCCGUUAUAACCUUUCGUGAGAAAGGUCUCAUACUGCAUAUGUACCGCGGACAAUGACUGGGUUAGAUCUUGUGUAUUAUAUGUGAAAUAUGUUAGCAGGGUAAUUUUGUAGGAAACCAGGCGGCACUGAAUGGGGAAAUACCGCCUCUCAUCCUUCAGGAUAGAACUGCUACAUCGUUCUCUUUUGACCACUCGGUUCUUAAUUCCAUGAGACGUAUGUGUUCAUGACCAGCUCUGAGUCAUACUUAACGUUUCUCAGAUCGUUUGUUUCGCAAGGCUUAACUACGUUGACUACCGUUCGCCUCUCCUAGGCGCCUUCUAAAUAGUGGCGAAACAUUUUGUCAGUCCAGUUUUUUUGGAAGGCCUACAGCCAAGAAGAAUAUGCUGUAAUCGCAGCACGCGGGAGCCCUAACGAACAUUCCCACCGCAACCGACGGCGUCAGCCGCGGCUCAACUGGUAGGAUGUUUGGCUCAAUGAAUAGCGGUGCGGGGGUUCCAACCUCGGGUCUACGCGGCCUGUGAGUAGAUUAUGGUCGUCUGGUGACUAGACGUGAGACAGCCGUAGUUAUUUCGGUCCCUCUAGUUCAUCUUGGUAAUACUUCUCUGUGCGGCGACCUGGUAGCAGAGUGGCAAAGGUCCUAUUUCUGUGUUGACCGGAAAUUUUAUUGAUUUGAAAUGCUGUUCGCAUCCCGAGUUUCCUUGUUCGAAGAGCAAAUAGCCGAAUAAUUUUUUUGACAAGUUGCGUUAUGGAGACCUCGGAGUAGGCGAUAACUAAGUGUUUAUUGACAGUGUCUCCCAGCUUUCGUAUGAGGCGUCCCUGUCAUCAACCGCCACUUCGGGUGAAUCCAGCUUCGAAUGGCAGACCGAUUGUCUCAAGUAUUCCAUUCACGGAUGAAGAUUUUUCCUGCAUCCUGCCUAUGCUCGUUAGCAGCCUUCGAAAAACUCCAAACUCCUUUUUGAACUGUCGCCACCUUGCACCGAGCCACAUUCCCCAUGGGCUUUACGAGGAAACUUGUUGAAUCGCAAUUUUCGCCUGUAGUGUGUGCGCGAGUUGCUCCUUCGUGAAAACGCAUCCUGUUCUGAAGUAUAGUGCACAAGCCCGCUUAACGUUCACCCGCAAACCUCGCGUGUACACACAAAACCAGCUCACGCAUCUGUUUCCAAUUGAGAUCAGUCAUCUCCCCGGACCACAAGAGCACGUCAGCACUCAGGAAGCUGUGUCCACGCGGAGAGAGAGGCGGCGGCAGCCGCGCUAAAUUCAGCUAGCGUUCGUCAGCACUAGCCUGAUGCCACUGGGCGGAGGAGCGGAAAAGGCGGGGGGUGUAAAAAUCAUUUUCGGGUGAAUUGCAGGGGACAUAUUUUUAUGACGCCACACCCGCUGCACGCAAACACCGUCCAAGUAUAGCAAACGCCCGCUUGAAUGCGGGAAAUCGGGAAGCCAGUGGAGUUCAAUGUAUAUUGGCGUACAUUUCCUGAACUUUGGCGCCUAUAGACCUAGGACAUCUUGCAGAAACACACUUCAGUGAGCCAGACGACAGAAGGUCAGAACUACGCUACCUCCAGCGCCUCUUCAUGGCCAACGUGUAUCCUCGCAACUUCAUCGAACGCGGCGGGCAAGCCGGACCAAGCCGACGC